AGAAACAAAAGAAAAAGAAAACAGACUGGAGAGAAACAGGAAGUGAAGUCUAACUUCACACAUCGCUCUGCAAACAUGAACCAAGAAAAAUAUCCUCGGUCCUCAAUUGAGGAUGAUUUUAAUUAUGGCACUAAUGUCGCGACGGCAAGCGUACAGAUCCGCAUGGAUUUCCUACGUAAGGUCUACACAAUCCUGUCAGUGCAGAUCAUCCUGACUACAGCUUUGUCUGCCCUGUUUAUGUUCUGUGAGCCCAUCAAAAACUUUGUACAUUCAAGUCCCUCACUGGUCUUGCUGUCUGCAAUCGGAUCUCUGUUCCUGAUCAUUGCCCUGGCUGUUUAUCGCCACCAGCAUCCCAUCAACCUCUAUUUACUUCUGGCAUUCACUGUGCUGGAGGCCAUAUCUGUUGGUACAACCGUGACAUUUUAUGAAUACUCAGUGGUACUCCAGGCCUUCGUGCUUACUUCAGCUGUCUUUGUCGGCCUGACCGCUUACACCCUUCAGUCCAAGAGAGACUUCAGCAAGCUCGGAGCUGGGCUGUUUGCUGGUCUGUGGAUUCUGGUCAUUGCCGGCUUUAUGAGGAUUUUCUUCCAAAACGACACGGUGGAGCUGGUGUUCGCCGGCGCCGGAGCUCUGCUCUUCUGCGGCUUCAUCAUCUACGACACGCACAUUCUGAUGCGCAAGCUGUCACCCGAGGAACACAUUCUGGCCUCCAUCAACCUCUACCUAGACAUAGUCAACCUCUUCCUGCACAUCCUACGUAUCCUCGACUCCAUGAAGAAAAACUGAGAGGAGAGUCUGUAUGCUCUUUCCUUCUGUAAGAUGACGCAGGUGAUGUCUGUGUUGCUAUGGCAUUAGAAAAAAAAUGAUUCCAAUUACAUUCAUGACAUUUUGUGUAGUGUUUCUUUAGGCUAUUCUUCACUCAGAAAGACUGUUGUCAGUUUAUUAGGCACACCUCCUUUACUCCUCUGCCAUUUAACUUUAGUUAGCUAUAUAUAGUAGAUUACACAUGGAGCUGAAAUUGGCACUUUUUUCGUCUGAAAGGAAAAAAUUAUAAUAGAAAAAGUUAAAAAGAUCUGCAAUUAUAUAUCCGAUAUAAUAUUUUACAACUUGACCCUUUUCACUCUGUCCUCCCUGUAUACUAUAUAUGGUGCAAUAUAAGAGGACCACCACAGGACAUGUAUUAUUUGGAUCUUAUCAAUAAUUAUACUAUUAUCAGAAUGACCAAAAUUUUAAGUAGCCUUUAUUUAUCUUGUAUACUUUACUAUGUCAUUACAAUGACAUUUUUUCUUCCCAAUCUUUCAAACAACCCAGACCCUUGAACCACUUGAGCUGCCCCCACCACCCCCCAAAAUGGUGCAUGAUUGUAGGUGUACCUAAUAAACUGGCACCUAGUGUACAUGCAUGUCAUCUUUCAGCUUCCUUAUAUUUUUUUUUUUAGUUGAUGAUUUUGUUUAAAAGGGGGUGGAUAAUUUGGAUUUAUAAAUCGAUUAAUGGAGCCAAACAAACAUAUUUUUUAUGUUGCCAUGUAAAUAGGCUAACAAGGUGAAUCUGAAACAUCUCUACAUCAUCAUCAUCAUUUGCAAAUAAGUAGUAUACCCCAGGUUCUGAACAUGCUUGGUCAGAUGAUCAGAGGCUGAACAAUAGGAGUAUAGCAGACUGAAUGAUCAGAUAUCUAAUAACACAAGAACGUCCGUCAUGGGAUCAAUAAAAUAUAUCUUUCUAAUUGCCUUAAGAAUGUAAAUUGUAUUGUGUGAAAGUCUGAGAUUACCCCCCCUUACUGUUUACACAGAGUAAAUUACAUGUAUAUAUUGUUUCGAAGACAAACAAUAUCUCUGGCACGCAUAAUUCAGAGAGGCUUUAUUGCUGUGACUGUUUUUUGCCAACGUAAAUGCAUCGUCUUUCCUAUGUUCCAGUUUAUGCUUAUAAACAAAAUCACUACAGAUCAUGAUUGGAUUGAUCUUCAGAAAAUCAAUGAUUGGAAAUGAAUUUCCGGUAUGUCAUGUGCUUUGUUUUUGAUGUGGUGGUGGUGGUGGUAUUGGCUCAGGAACAGAAGCAUCACUGGAUGAUUUAUUGGAGGCUGUGUGAUUCCAUGUGCUUUCUUUUUCAAUGUGCUUAUGAUAAGCAAGCUGGGUUUUUAAUCACGUGGGUCAUAAUGGAGUGCUGAUCAGUAUCCGAAUUACUGUGAGAAGCUAGCCAUGAUAAUGAAACAGAGCUGAGAGAAUUCUUCUGGAUAAUCGCUAAGCAUCGAUGUGUAAUGUUGGUUAGGAUGAAAAUUGAAAUGAUUACAGAUGGAGCACUUUAAAAGGUCCUGGUAGUGUCUAAGAAGAAAAGUCAUGUUGAGGAUGUGUUCUUACAGCACCAAGUAACUCAAGAUAAAUCUGAUGCUCCAUCCUCUCCCUCAUGGUGGUACUGUUUUAUGGCCACCGCAUGUUUUGAAGAAGAAAUAUUGAAAGGAAGCAUGCGUGGUGACUAAUUGGAAAACUCUAAACUCUUCAGGGAUCAAGAAUAUACAAAACAUGUGUUUUUAGACCAGGACAGAUCAUGGAGUUCAUUUCAAACUUCUUUUGAACUUGCUUCUUUGUGCAGUAACCCAUUAUAUAUAUGCUGUAUUUGAAGUAUUCUCCUGUGAAUAUAUAAUGAAGCCUAUGUUUUCUUGUAUUUCGUUGUAAUUUAUUGACAUACCUAUAUGUGCAAUAUUAUUGGGGAAAUUGUAGCUCUGUGAUAAGGCAUGAUAUUGAUUAAAAUGACUUAAUCUAUGAUUAGCAACUGAAAUAUCAAAGGGGAUUAAAAUUCUGUAUGUAUAAAAUGAUAUAAGUAAUAUAUUAAACGCUUUACACCGCAUGUUGCUCACGUUUAUUUCGCUACGCAGUACAUGUGACAUGAAACAAUAGAAAUAAUGUACGCUAUUUCGUUUUGCUGUAUUUGCGUUUCUUGCUAGAAUAAGUAAAAUAAUAUCUACAGUUUUUUUUUAUUUUUUAUUUUUUUUUUUUUUUAUAACUAUAGCCAUGUUGCAUAACUGUGACACAGUGAGACUUUCUGCUUUCUGUUUUAGUUUCAUCUGCAUGCAUGAGAUCCCCAUCAGCACUGCAGGCCUUGUAGAGAUAAUGCAACGCUGGGGUGGUUCUUUCUGGAUUAAAAAGAAGAUUAUACUUUC